AUGGACUCCAAUCCUCAAACCCUUCACAACAUUAUUCCACAGUUCGACUUUGAAUGGCUACACGAAGAUCUUUUCCCACUCCACAAUGAAUUAGAUGAGCUUCCACCUUUAGAUAACGAUGAGCUUUUGGAUGUGAAUUCACGUUCAUUAUUACCAUUCCAUUUGGACGAUAAUGAUGUUUUGGAGUUUGACAGUGAAUUUUUGUCGAGGGAGUUGGAGAUGGUUGAAAUCGAAAGAAAUGGGUUUUCAUCAACUUGGAAAGAAGAAGAAGAAGAAGAAGAAGAAGAAGGUGAAAAGAGGUUGAGAUUAAUGGGAAAUAAUAAUGGGAAUAAGAGGAGAAAAGGUAGUUUUGUGUUGGGAUUGGAAGAGAUUCGAAAGUACUUUCAUAUACCAAUAUCAAAAGCAGCAAAAGAGAUGAAUGUUGGGUUGACAGUGCUUAAAAGAAGAUGUAGACAACUUAAUAUCAUGAGAUGGCCUCAUAGAAAACAUAAGAGCUUGAAUUCUCUCAUCCAAAAUGUGAAGGAAAUGGGGUUAACAAAUGAGGUAAAAGGGUUAGAGGAGCACAAGAGGCUACUGGAGGAAAUGCCAAAUAUGGACCUCACCCACACAGUCAAAAGGCUAAGGCAAGCUUGCUUCAAAGCCAAUUACAAGAAAAACAGAAGACUUAGGUCCAAUAAUAUUGCUUCUCUUCAUCACUAA